AUGGAUAAGGAGCCCCUUGUUGUCGCUGUUGAUCAAAGAAUCCGCCUUGUGGAGGGCCCUGUGGGCCUAGAAGACCCUGUUGGCCUUGAGGAGGGCAGAGAGAGACGCAGGGCUGUUGCUGCAUUUGUUGUGGUGGACAAGGGCAUGGGGGAGCUUGCUGUUGCUGUGGAGGGCAGGGCAAGCACGGAGCACAUCAAACUGAGACAAGCUAAAACAGUCCGGUGA